GACCGUCCGGUGGUUUCGACGUCGGUUCGUUAUUUCGAAAUCGUUGUUUUCGAUCCGGAAAACUCGACCGACUCUCCGCUUUCCCAGCUUUUUCGCCGAUCGAACUUUCGAGGUUACGAUCCGUCCUGAUCGCCCAUCGAAGUCGCCCGAUAUCGCGAUUUUCUCGACUAUUUCGCUGAUUCUCGGUGGAUUGCGUAGUGUUUUCGUGUUGUUUGUUGCUCGCAUCAAGGCGAGCCAGUGAAAAAUUUUUCGGUUUUUUUUUGUUUUGGAAGAAUUGCCGAGGUGCAACUGCACGUACCUACUCGAGGAAGUCCAGUGGAUCAGUGGAAGGUUGCGGCCGCUCGUAGGGACGCCGUUGGCGAAGGUACGGCUGGUCCGCGGGCUCUUUUAGCAUCUGGACUUCGAGGCAGCAUCUGCUCUCUUCGGCUCCUUGUCAAUGGGUAAUGGGUAGCGGGCGAAAGAAGUGUAAAAUUUAGAUUUUGUGAUGUACUUAUAGAAAAGUGGGUGAUAUUAUUCGUGUACAGGAACAGUGUGAAUACUUAUUAUUGGAUUAUCAUGGGUAAUCAGAAUUCUAAUCAUUUGCCGUUGGAGAGGAAUUUGUCGAAAUUUGGAGAUGUUAAUGCAAGGCGAAGUCUUCGAUCGCCUCGCAAGAUGGACAGGCUCCGGCGGUCGUUCAGGGACUCCUUCCGCAGGCGAAAGGACCGCAUCCCGGAGAGCUCGAAGCCGCACCAGUGGCAGGCCGACGAAUCGGCCGUGCGAUCGGGCACCUGCACCUUCGCCGUCAAAUACCUCGGCUGCGUCGAAGUGUUCGAUUCGCGGGGCAUGCAAGUCUGCGAGGAAGCGCUCAAAGUGCUAAGGGGAUCGCGUCGAAGACCGGUCAGGGCGGUGUUGCACGUGAGCGGCGACGGUUUGCGGGUAGUCGAAGAGGAAACCAAAGGACUUAUAGUCGAUCAGACCAUAGAAAAAGUGUCUUUUUGUGCUCCGGAUAGGAACCACGAGCGCGGGUUUAGUUACAUAUGCCGGGACGGCACCACCAGGCGGUGGAUGUGUCACGGAUUCCUGGCCUUGAGGGAAAGCGGAGAGCGGUUAUCGCACGCUGUGGGGUGCGCUUUCGCAGUAUGUUUAGAAAGGAAGCAAAAGCGGGAUAAAGAAUGCGGAGUGACGAUGAUGUUCGAUACGAAAAACAGCACGUUCACUAGAAGCGGUUCGUUUAGGCAGCAGAGUUUAACGGAAAGACUGGACAAAGAGCGAGGAAUAGACGUCGGUUCUACGAAUCCCAAACCCGCACCCGUUAAUCCAUUCGCCAUCGAAAGACCGCACGCCACGCCCAGUAUGUUACAAAGACAAGGAAGUUGCCGAGGGUUCAGCACGUUAGGCGAAAACUCGCCGUUCAAACGGCAAAUGUCGCUGCGCGUCAACGAUCUCCCGAGCAACACGGCCCGCAUAAAUUCCUACAAAUCGCCGACGUCGCCGCCGGAGAACGGCAAACCGCCGGCCUCGCCCAUUCCCGAGGUCCUGCCCGGCGAUUCGGUGACGGCCCUCUGCCAGCAGCUGAGCCAAGGGCUCUCGCAGCUGACCCACAGCGGCUCGGACGAUUUCAACUUCAACAAUCAAAGUUCCGUGAAUCAAAACACGCUCAACGUCAACGUGACGACGAUCAACAACAGCUUCAGAACGUCCCCCAACGUAUUCACGCCCGUCAAUCUGAACAUCGGCCCCAGGAACGAGGUGAACACGUCGACGUCGACGUCCGCCUCGGCGCUGCCCAAGCCCGAACAGUGGCUGGAGAUGGUCAAGUCUUCCUCGCCGACGUUCAGCAAGAUGGACGGCUCGACGCCGCGGCGGAUACCGUCGCUGAAGGCGCAGUCGAGGGCCCUGUCGUUGGACACCGGAUCGGAGACGUUCCAGAACGCCAAGCCGGAUCCCUUCGACGCCGAAUGGGCCGAAACGGCAGCUAGGCAGGGUACGAAUAGCACGAAUCCUUUUUUGAACGCCGCUACCGCUCCCAAGGCGUUUCAAAUACAACUUUAGUUGUUGUUGUUGUUGUUUUUAUAAGGGAAUCGCUGUGCAACAUGUUAGUGAUGUAUAUCAUGGUAAUGUCCGACUUUGUGGGGAUAUAUCGGUUUUUUUUAAUCGAAUUACUUUACAAAUUAGUUGGAAUCACGAAUUCAAUGUAAUGUUACAAUUGCACCAUUUUUUUAAAGCUGUAAAUGAAUUAUAGUUAUUGAUUCUAACCAAUUAUUUGUAACUAAUUUAGUCAUUUUGUUCAGAUCGUUUUAAAGGCUAAUUAUAAUUCGAAUAAUAAUUGUAGAGUGGCGAAGUUGAGGACAUUUUGAUAUCACACUAACGUGGUGUAUUGGAAUAUUGUUCCAACGAGAUUCCUAAUGUGAGGAGUUUCAUUGGAACAAAUUAAAAUCGUUUCCUAAUACCUACGAGAAUUGUUAACUUGUCAUUAGUUGUUGAGUUUAUGAAUAUUUUUAUUUAUAAAUAUGUUUAUUUAUAUUGUAAAGAAGUUGCGGUACGCGCGCUUAUGAGAUAUUUAACAGAACAUCGAAAAAAAUUCCCGUACCGCAUCUUUUUUAUGCCGUGUACAUUUGUAAGAUGUGAUCCAUUCCAUUUAAUUUUUACUGCCUUUUAGUUUAUUUUGCCAGGACUAGUCUGUGCAAUUUGUACAUAGUGGGGACGUUGUGAUUGGGUUGAAAGACAACAUUUAGUUUUACUAACGCGAGUAUGCAGCAUAAUUUUGAGAAAGAAUUAACUGUUCGUUCGUUCUGUAUAAAAAGUUAAGUUUAAAAUGUAUAACGAAAGCCUGUUGCUUCGAUGUACGAGGUAAAUUUCGACUAUAAAAUGUCUGUUGAUAGCUUAGUGGCAUAUAAGGUAAAUCGUCAGCAUUAAAUUAUACCUAUUGUUAAAUCUUAUCGUAAGAAUACAGCAAUGAUGCAAUCUUUAAAGGAAUUGAAGGGUUUAAAAUAGGAAGAAAAAUGAUAAGCUGUGAUAGUACCAUCAGUUUGCUAUAUCUAGUGAUGGAUGCAUCAUAGUUUUGUUCUACAAGAGUCUUCAUAAAUUAUCGAUUACCAUCUGACCUAAAAAUUUAUGAACAGAACAGAACAGAACAUUAAUAGACUAGGUUAAUACACUGUUUUCUUCGGGAAAAGCAAAACUAGGAAAAAUAAACAAAACAAGUCAUUUCUACCGAGAUUUCAUUGAGUUGAAGUUGACUUGACAUUAUUCUAGUAACUUAUUUUUUGAUGACUCAUUUAUGAAGACUCUAAUAUGAUUUACCGGUACGUAUUGAUUCGAAAAGCUAUUAACGAAUGCUUAAAUUACUGUGUACAAAAGAUUGUACUUAGAUUGUUUUGUCGUUUGAGGUAAAGCUCCGGACGGCGCUUUAUGUAGAACAGCUCAAAUUUGAAAAUCGCACAUUUCGCCAAUUAUGAUUUUGACGAAAUCUAUGCACAACUAUUUCUGUACUUAAAAAACGAAUUAGUUAUUUCGUUGAAAAUCGCUGUAUUGGGUCAAUUUAGGAAUUAGAUUAACAUAUCUAUGUAAUAGUAAGAAGGCUGAGUAAUGUGGCAUUUUUUACGGUUCAUUUCCUGGAUUGUUCUCCCAAAAAUGUUAUUUUAUAGUACUCAAUUAUUGUCCAAGAGUUAGGUAACCUCGGUGUCAAUUGUUGUUCGCAUUUUUCCCGAACUGGUGAUAAAAUUGUUCCAAUUUAAUUUAUUCGUACGAAAUCUCGUAAAGUUAUUUUUUUAAAUAACCCAUUCCAAGUCGUAUUUUCUAUUAGAUUUUACACGAGGCGGUUAAGAAGUGCGUCGGGCUUUUGAGAAUUCUUGCCGUCCACUAUCUGAAUUUAUUUCCGUAGUUACACAGCUAAUUAGUGUUAACGAAUUGAUGCAUUUUAUGUCGUAUACUAAUUUAUUUGCAUUUUAUACUAUAGGAAAUUCUAGGAACAAAAACGUAUCAUAGAGAGGACAAUAUUCUCUUAUUACAUGUACAUUCAAUAACCCGUAUGAUUAAGAGUUCGUUUUUUUUAAUGGAUGUUGCUUGAUUAUUUCUACAACAUAUUUUUAAUUUGCGAAAAGAUUGAGCGAGAUUGAUGGCUCGCAAACCAAGAAUAUCGAUAGUUUCCUAGUGAUUUUUUUUAAUAAAUGUAAAAACGCGAUACGCUGUCUUAAAGUCGGUAUUUAUUUUAUUUCUUUUUUACGAGAGCACGCUCAAUGCUCUUUUGGCACUUGUACUUAUACAUAUAAAUAUACCUAUAUACAAAAUUGUAUUAUACAAGACUACUUCAUUUUUUUUUCUGUAAUAUAGUAAUAAAAUAAGUAUUGUCUGUUAGAAAUGGAGUAUUUACUUUUU